AACGGCGGCCAAUUGGAUUAUCACGCUUACCAGCUCUGAACAAUGGAGUGAAAGGAAGGAAGAGGAAAGAAGUGCAGUUUGCAGGGUCAGACUUGUGUCCUUGCAGCAGACAGGGUGGAAAGCAAGACUAUUAAUCAUUUAUAAAGAUGGUUUAAUGACUUGUUAUGUCUGAUAGUGAUCAGUAAAGUGGAGGUGGAUUGCUGCAGUUUGUUUCUUAUCUGAUUGUGUAUUUGUUCUGUCCGUUUAAUAGUGUGUACGCUCUGUGGCUUUCAUUUGUGUUACAGUGUUUUCCUCCAUCAGCCUGGACCUGCUACCAGAAAGAGCUGCUACUCUGAUGGUGUAUGAAGAUGUUGUGGAGAUUGUUUCAGCCUUACAAGGUUUCCGGCCUCCGCCCAGCGUUCACUUCCAGCGCAGAGCUCUGAGUCUUCCCUCCAACACGUCUUACGCCAACCUCACUGCUCUGCUCACCGUGGCCAGCUCCCCCUCGCACAUCCAGCACUUUCCCCACCUGCAGGUCCUCGGCGGCAACGGCACAGAGACGGAGAAGAGGUUUGAGUUGACUCCUGUGGCAGCCAUCUCUGUUCACUUAUUGGCCAGCGACGGAGUGGAGCUGCAGGUGAACGAGCCAAUCACGGUCUCUGUCCCCCUGCCGGCUGACAGUGGCCUGAAGGAAAAUGAUCACAUCCCUGCUUGGAGAUUUGACCCGCGCUUGGGUGCCUGGAUAAAGAGCAGUUGGGGUCACGUGCAGCGUGAAGGCAACCAGCUCUGUCUGACCUACAUCGCUCCUCAGCUGGGAUAUUGGGUGGCCGCCAUGUCCCCAAUACACUCAGGUCCAGUGUUUGCGAAGGACAUCAGCACGUACCACACCGUGUUCCUGUUGGCUAUACUGGGAGGCAUGGCUCUCAUCCUGCUCUGCCUGCUCUGCCUCCUGCUGUACUACUGCAGGCGACGUUGUUUGAAGCCUCGAGUGUCUCACCGCAAGCUCACCCUGUCCUCCGGUCUGGACAGCAGUAAGAGGGACCAAGCCACCUCCAUGUCCCACCUGAACCUCAUCAGCAACGAGGUGCAGCUGGAACUUGUUUCUACAGCGACUGAGCCCGACAUGACUACACCGAUGCUGAAGCCUUCCUCAUAUGAGCACCAAGACAAUCAUCGCCAGCACAGCCUAAUCCAUCACAGCAAACACAGCCGCUCCUCUCUCGGCAACAGCCACCACGGCUCAUCUCUUGGCAAUCUGACGCCUCGCAGCAGAGACUACCUGCAGUCUGUGGAGACGUUCCAGUUGAAGGCCGCCCUCUCGAGCGGAACAGACAGAGGCUAUCGCCAAUCAUACACCUCCGCCUGCUCGUCCAGCAAUCUCAUUUCAGAUGCUUCCGCCAAUCACGGUCAGGUGUCUGCUAACCGUCUGAGCGGUGUCGGGAUUCUUGAUUGCAUCUCCCCUUCCUCUCCUCCUCACUCCCCCAGUAGAGGGGAGGGAUGCGAGUGCAGAGCUCCUGACUUCCUUCUGUCUCGCUCUGUGGACCACCUGGAGCGUCCCAGUCCCCCGUUGCUCUCCCGACCAGGCCAGCUGCUCUGCUGCGGCUCCGUGGACCUGCUGAGUGGAGGAGAAGGCUACCCGAGGGUGCGUCCCACACUGGUAAUCCCGGCACACUACAUGCGCCUGCCAGGGGAGCACCCUCUGUCUGGUCAAGCCCUCCUGCUGCAGACUGAUCAGCAGAGUGACUUGGAGACCAUCCAGGCCGAGCUCAAUGCCUCACAUUCCCAGCAGCCCCUGGGGCAAAGUCCCACCGAAUGCGCCCCAUGUCCCACCAAGCAGUGUGACGGAGAACGGCACGGCAUGUCAGAGUCUCUGUCUAUCCCAGCAGCACUUGGGGAAACGGGUCUAAUGGAAAUAAACAUUGAGGACACCUUGUGGGCUGAAAAGACUUUAAUGGCGCUAAGAGGAGGGAAGCCUCUGCUUCACCCACGAGCCUGGUUUGUGUCUCUUGAUGGACGCUCCAAUGCUCAUAUUCGCCACUCCUACAUCGAUCUCCAGCGGGCGGGGUGCCACAGCAACACGCCGAACGGAGGAGGUCCACAAGGUAAUGUCAGUGGCGGGAGGCGGGGCGGGAGGCGUGGCAACAGCAACGAUGCCAGUCUGGACUCCGGCGUGGACCUGAAUGAGCCAAGAGUGGGCCGCAGGGGGAGAGAUGGAGGGCGGGAGGAAAGAGAGAUCGACAGGUCGAAGGGCCCGGCACCAGCCAUGGCCUACACUCAGCUGGUGUAUGUGGAUGAUCUGGAAGGGGGAGGCAGCGAGGAGGAGUCGCCACAGUGCAGCCCACAGGACAAUAAAACAGGAGCCGUCCUGUCAGCCAAAGCAGAGGGUCAGAGAGGGGACCAGGGGGAUGUGGAAAUGCAAAUGCAAGAGGAACCGCCCUCACUUUCCUCUUCAUCCCCUGAUUCUACUCCUCCCCUGCCAACACCAGAGGGAGAGACGUUCAGGACUGAUCAUGCGCUGCUGUCGGUCUCUCCUGAUGAUGACGAUGCAGCACAGGAGGAUGGAGAGGGGGAGAAGAAGAGUCCGUGGCAGAGGAGAGAGGAGAGACCCCUGCUGUCCUUCAACAUGAAAUGAUCCACAGACGACCACUUCAAGGAUAGGACCUCAUCUUUUCUUAACACAAUACUCACAUGCCCUUCUGCAAAUUGAAAGUAUUUUUGGUUGCUGUAAUUGUUCCUCCUGUGAAUACUGGCCCUUCUUAAAGCACCAAAUGUACAGUCAUUACUCUUUUCUUAGAGGCUUUAGCAGUCUGAGUUAGUCAAAUCAAGUCAGAAUCUCCCAAAAUGACAGUCUUUUUAGAUGGCUUGAGGACUUUGUUAAUUCAAAAUGGAUUCCAGCAGCAACAAUAAAAACAUAAGAGGUAAAUAAGUAGAUGGAGGAAUGAAAACAAAUACCUAAAAUCUCCAAUGUCCAUUAUGAAUAAAAGGUCCAUAAAUCCACUUUGCAAAAAGAUGCUCCUUUUAACUACAGAACUAGCCUGAGAAUCAUCACCUUCAUAAGUUUUCUUCAGUAUCAAAGUAACCCAAUCAUAGCUGUCCGUACCUUUUGAUUUUGUCUCCCAUCUGCUGCCUAUGUAGACCGAAGGAACAACCACAGCAACUAAAAGUGUUGUAGAUUUGGGCUUGUCAGUUUUGUUGUGAGAUAGACUUGAAAAAGAAAUGUGAACCUAUCCUUUAACCAUGACGCCCCCCCCAAUGCCCAGACCAUAACGUGAAGGAUACGACCAUUUAAUUUGAGACUCUUUGUUUUUCGUCAUAGAGUACUGAGAUAACAUUUCAGCACUGGGAUUCUAGUCCAGAGUAUGAAGCGAUGAUUCAGGAACCUUCAUCAACAUCCACGACCACUUUAUGACAUUACCACUGUUUUACUCCACUU